UUUGGACUGAAUCAGUUGAUAAGAAUGUUGUAACGAAAGAUUUCUGAUGUUUUCAGAAACGCAAAGAUGAUAGAAUUUCCCUAAGUGAAGCAGUAGAGGGUAAUUAUUCCAUUUCUGAUGAGAGCUUUCAAGAAUUUAUAUCCUAUAAUGGACAAAUAUCGUUUUAAAUGAAAGUGAUUUCACUAACUUUCUCUAUAGUUAUUAUUAAUUCCAAGUUUGGCAGCGCUUUUUGUUUGGAAGGUGGGCGAAAUGUCGUUUCCCAAAAUGGCAAAAUAUUGUGCAGACAGGUUUUGGUAGAAGUUAUUAAUCAUCUUUGCUGCACAACAGAAAUUUCAAGUACUGUCUUGCUUUUUGCCUUCAAUUUCCUCAUUUCCAUGACAGUUUGGCAGAAUCGCUUUCAUUGCAAGCUGAGGCCUACUGUGCUGUUUGAAAACCAUUCAAAACUUUCACAGCAUAACUGUGAACCACCAGCAGCGUCAUUGUGAGGAAGGAACAACACCAAGCAAAGACGUAAUAAAUUCUGUCUCGCUUGCCGUUCUAAAGUGGGUCUUGGUAUUUAGGUUCGUCUUUGCAUACCGCAGAGCUAUCAAUAUAAAUACGACGCUUGAUGCAGAGACUAACUCAGACAACCCAACACUCUGAACGGUAGAGAUCAAAGGUGAAGAGAUGAACUAUAUUACAAUCUUACUAAGUAUCUUAUGUAUAUCGGCUCUCGUACAGAUUACCACUGAAGAAAAGAACCGAUGGAGAACACUGUCUAAGCUCAAAGAAUCCCGCCGAAGCAGACGGGGGAGGAGGGAAAAAAAAGGACGCCCUGGACCUGUGGGACCUCCAGGAAAUCCCGGACCACCAGGAGUCCCUGGUCGUGAUGGUCAACAAGGAGAGGCUGGCAUCCCUGGACAGACAGGCCUUCCAGGGGAUGUUGGCUUACCGGGUAACCGUGGAUUGAAGGGACAGAAAGGAGGAAAAGGGGAUAGGGGUGACAGGGGUACACCAGGGUCACCAGGACAGGCAUGUUUCAUUGAGAAGACAGAUGUUCAAAUAUGUAUGACCCCGCCUACCGGGCCUGAGGGACCUCAGGGUCCAAAAGGUGACCAAGGUGUGAUGGGUGAAAAAGGUGAUACUGGUUUGCCAGGCAAAGACGGUGCUUCUGGGGAGAGGGGUCCACGUGGACCACCAGGGAGAGCUGUGGAUGCUAUUAACAUUCGUUGUCAUACUCGACAAAACAAAGUGAUGGUAACGGACGAGCAGAUUGCAGAAAACCUUGAAGAUCUUAUAUACGCUCAUUGUGACCCAUUGCAGUUUCUUCAAGGAAUGAAGGUACAAAAGGAUGAAAAUUCUAUCAAACUGAUCUACACUUGUUGUUCGUUUUACUGAACCACAUUUUAAAUGGGGUUAUACAUGUUGCAGCUAAUUAUAACCAAAUAACUUGCUUAAUCUUGUAUGGCUGGCUGUCUACUGUGAUAUGCGAACUCAACAUGUGUUAUCAAGAUAUAUUCUCCUCAGGUUUGACUAGUCACACUGGUUUAACAGACUAGCUUAAACAUGUUUUGUAUAGCUUGGAACAGACACUUAGCUUUGCUAAUUUAAGUGCAUACAAAACAACAAUUUGAAAACAUUGUAAUCUACUGUUAUUAAGGAUAGUUUUCGUUGCAAGAAUUUGGAUCCAAUGAUACAAAUUUUUGAGCAGACUAAAGUACGUAUAAAAUGUAACACAUUGCACAUUUUGGCGGUAAAUAUUUAUUUCAAAUUUGACACAGAAGUGUUCAGAAAUUGUUCAUAUUAUACUAUAGCAAAAGGGUGCGUGUGUC